AUGCCUACUACAACAGCAGAAACUCUCUCCCUCGUUACUCGAAACGUCACCGUUGCGCCCCUCGUCCUUCUCUCAGCCGUCGACCACUACAACCGAACUGUUUCUACCAAGACGAAGCGACGGGUAGUUGGUGUUCUUCUAGGACAAAAUGAUGGAAACGACGUGAGAGUGUCAAACAGUUUUGCUGUUCCCUUCGAGGAGGAUGAGAAGGACCCUUCAGUAUGGUUCCUUGACCACAACUACGUCGAGUCAAUGAACGACAUGUUCAAGAAAGUCAACGCCCGAGAGAAGCUCAUAGGAUGGUAUCACACUGGCCCCAAGCUACGUGCAUCCGAUUUGGAAAUCAAUGAGCUCUUCAAGCGCUACACACCCAACCCUCUGCUCGUUAUUGUCGAUGUUCAGCCCAAGGAGUCGGGAGUUCCUACAGAUGCUUACUUCGCCGUUGACGAGAUCAAGGACGACGGCACAACCACUGCCCGAACAUUUGUUCACACCCCUUCCGUUAUCGAGGCCGAGGAAGCAGAGGAGAUUGGUGUCGAGCACCUGCUAAGAGAUAUCCGCGACGUGGCCGCCGGCACAUUGUCCACACGAGUCACAAACCAGCUUCAAUCACUCCAGGGCUUGCACCUGCGCCUUCGAGAUAUUGGCACAUACCUCCAGAAGGUUCUCGACAAGCAACUACCAGUCAACCACGCGAUCCUCGGAAACUUGCAGGAUGUCUUCAACCUGCUGCCUAAUCUCUCGACACCCGAAGGAGAUGGCAAGUCUGGCGGUGGCGAGUUGGCGUAUGCGAUGAGCGUCAAGACCAACGACCAGCUUAUGGCUAUUUACCUGAGCAGUCUGAUCCGCGCCAUCACAGCAUUCCACGAUCUGAUUGAGAACAAGAUCCAAAACAGACAACAGCAGGAGGAGAAGGAGGCUAAGAAGGAAGAGAUCAAUGGAAAGGAUGAGAAGAAGGAGGGCGCCAAUGGUUCAAGUGGUGACUCCAAGGAGGGCGCGGAAAAGGACAAGGAGAACAAGGAGACUAAGAAAUAA